AAAAGAGAGAAAAAAAAAUGUUAUACGCUGAUGAAAAGAAGAAAAAAAAUCUGAAUUCAGUGUAGUAGAUGUACAAGCAAAAUAUAAUGAAUUAAGAAGCAAGCAUAGAAACAUUUUGGAUGUGAAAACAAUCGUCCACUUUUCUGCUUAUUUGCUUUAAAUCAGCGAGGUUAUGAGUGUAAAUUAAACAUUUUCUCAUAUUCUCCUCUCUUUUGCAUGUGAUUCUAGCAAGUGUGACUAAUAAACUGGAAGCAAGAAACAGCAUAGCAGGAAAAAAAAUAGGCUUGGAUUUCUGGAGGAUGAGCAUUAGUCUUCUAUAAAAAAUUUCAUUAAUUAUAAGUAAAUCAAGUUGAUCGACAAAGGGUUCACUAAAUUGCCGUUAACACAAAUGAUUUCAGAAGUAGAGAAAACAUUUGUUAUAUUAAGAACAUGAAAAUUGACAAUAUAGACAAUAUCACAAAUAAGGAAAAGUCACCAGAUAAAGCCGAAAGAGCUAACAGCAUAGAUGAUAUAAAAAAGACACAAAAGUUUUUCGAUUUCAAUGAUUUGUCAAACUCAACAGCCACCAUAAAUAAGAGCUUGAUUUUGCCGGAAAAAGAUCCAGUUUUCGAUUAUUUAUCACCUGGAAGUAGCAAAUUAAAAAAGUUGCUUUUGAAUAGCGAUCCUGAAGUAGCAAAUCUGAAUAUAAAUAACGAAAAAAUACACAACAGUGAAUAUCUGAAUAAUAAUAAUAAUGACAGCAGUGCAUUACCAAUAAACACAUUAUUUGGCAAUAAUGCAAUCACUAAAACUAAUAAUAACAAUAAUUUAUCAAAAUCAAUAUUGGAAAAUAAUAGUGUAAAUGCUACAUUGAGUUCCAAUAAGAAUGGCGAAAAAAAAAGUUCUAAAAACUUUUCUAAACAAAAAUUAUUUUGGUGCAGUGAGUGCAAUGAGUACUUCUUGAGACAAACUCUUUUUAAUCAUAUGAAAAGUGUGCAUGCUAAAUUUACAUGUCUUUACUGCUAUGGAUUCUUUGUAAAAAUUGAAUGUUUAGAAAAUCAUCUAGUUAAAAAGCACAAAGUGCAAAAUACGUCAUUCUUUAAUGAAUACACUUUGAGAAAUUAUUUUGAUCUUAAAAAAACAGAAACUGUGUCCAAAGUAAUUAAAGCUGUUUGUUGUAAAUGCAGCUCGACAUUCGUUAUUAACGACAAUAAUUUUCUUUCUCAUUGUUGUGAUCGCAAUGAAAAACACUCAUCGUUGAAAGGAGUCGUUCAAACGAAUGUAUUUAAAAAUGAUUUCUCCAAUUCGGCUGUAUACAGCGAGACUACAAACUAUGUUGAUAAAUUGACACAAUCGACAGUGAAUCAGUUAAGCCCAGCCAAAGAUGAUGAUUCUAAUAUUGAAAAAGAAAAUAUGCAAAGGUUACCACCAAAUCUCAACGGAGAAUCAACGAAACCGAAUGAAGAAUCUAGUCAAAGUGUGCCACAAGAAGUUCAAAAUAAUGAUAACGAUAAUCCACCAUGGCACGUAGAGGAGCAAAAGCCUACGAUCGAGAAUGAAAAAAUGAUUGUGCCAAAAUUAACGCUCAAAAUUCCGAAGGCUUUUCAAAAGCAACAGUUUGAUAAUAUAGAUUCGGACGAGGAUAGCGGUGAUGAGGAAGACAACGACGAUAGCAAUAUUGAGAGUGGAUCUGACAAUAGUGAUAUUGACAAAGAUAAAAUAGAUGAAAACAAAAACAAAAACUUGUCAAAUUCAAUAAAUGAAUAUUCAUCAUCGUUAAGCGAUUCGAAUAAUGAUGACUCUCAAACUAAAAAGGAUUUGGAGAGCUUAGAUAUGAUUCAACAAAAGCGACCAGAAAAUAUGCCGUGUUUGAAAUUAAAGAUUAAAAAUUUAACAAGCAAUCCAGAAAGUGUGCUUGAGAAUUUUGAUUACUCAGCAACUGCUCCCACUGUAUUAAAACUCGAAUCUGAGGACAUGUCAAGUUAUGUAGAGCAACCGGAUGUAGACAUGUCUGAAUUGCCUAUGGACAUUGAACCAUCUAUAGAUCCAACAAUGGCCAAUGAAAGUAGUGAAAGUGAAAAAUUUGAGCCCAAAGAAAUAAUUAUCGAUGGAAAUCUAAUAAUUCCUGCAAAUGAUGAUAUACUCCCAAUACACAUUAGUCUCAAUGAGAGCUUAGAUAAAAUUCCCAUUCUAAAACUAAUGAAAAUUUGUCUUCAUGCUGCUUUUCAAUUUUGUCUCUAUUGUAAUCAUGCUAGGAAAAUUGUCGUAAAUGGUAAAGGAUUGGCUUUACAUUUUAUUACUCAUCAUCGAUUUCAUGCACUAGUUGACAGCAUAACAGCAGAAGAAUUACAUCCAGAGAAGUUUGUUUGGAAAUUUGAGGGUUCUAUAGAUGAGCUUUCGACUUGUUUCUUUAAUUUGGAUACAUACGAUGACCAUGAUGUUGAAAAGAAAGAAGGUCAUGUUACAAUUUCUCAUGAAAAAUUAUACGAAUGUUUUCAAUGUCGAUUUCAAACUCCAAUUCAUAAAGAACUUUAUUUGCAUAAUCGAAAAAUGCACCAAAAAUCACUCAUAAAUUGUCUUAUGUGUAAAAUGGGAUUCUAUAGCUAUAGUGAAUUGUUAUGUCAUAUUUGUCCGGGUAUUCCAAAUAAACAAACAUUCAAUGAUUACAAAUUCUAUUGCUGCCUCUGCAAUAUGGACAAUAUUCCGUCUGCAUUUCGUUUAAUGGUACAUCUUAGGAAAAAGCACUACGCAUGCGAUGUUUGUUUAGAAAAAUGUUGUGAUCAAAGUAAAUUAUCAAGUCACGUGUGGAAGCAUAAACUUCUUCACAUCUGUUAUCGUUGUCAUAUAUUUUAUCAGAAUAAGGCCGACAUAAUGAAACAUCUCUUUUGGAAACAUGGAACAGAAGGAAUUGAAUGUAAAAAAUGUUUGCAAAAAAAAUGGCCUCAUGUGUAUCAUUUUUGUAUACCUCCAGCAACAUUUACAUGUCCUCAUUGUGAGAUGCAAUUUUCUCGUGCCAUUACUCUAAAAGUUCAUAUUCGACUCCAUGAAGACAAAGGUGCAAAGUAUGCUUGUACUGAGAUCAGUUGUGAAAAAAUGUUUAUUUCGAAAAAAUUAUUAAUACGGCACUUGGAGAGGCAUCAAAGUGAAUUGAUGGCCCAAGAAAAUGGCAAUCAAGCAAGAACGGAAGCCAGUGUAAUAAUUCCGCAAGAGAUUCCUGAUGGAUUCUGUACAAGAACAAUUCCUGUUGUGUUUAAGCGUUUUAUUAAAAAACCAGCUAUUCGAAAAAUUGAAGCAGAACCGAUAGUCGAGCCAAUUAAAAUUGAAUCAAGUGGUAAUAGUAUGAAGCAAGACGAAAAUAAGGAUAAAAAAUCUCUGCUAGAUUUGCCAGAAGCAGGAAAUCUUAAUCUUUCUGAAAGUUCUGAGGAAUCGUCAAACGAUGGUAGUGACGAGAAUAAUCGUAACGAAAAGAAAAAUAAUCAAUCAAAAAUUGUAAUUUCUUUACAACAAAAUGACAAUUUUAAACAAAUUGAAGAUAGUGCGGAACAAAAGGAAAUUCAUAAUAAGCCUCUAAGUAAUAAAAUAUCGACGUUAAGUGAUUCGGAUGAUGAUGACGACGACAACGACGAGUGUAAGCUGAAAGAAGAUAAGAAAAUAGAAUUUAUGCAAACUGAUAAUCAAUCUAAUGAAAAGGAACCAAUGCAGAAUAUUUUAGAAAAUUUGAAAAACUUUAACGAGCUUAACGAGGUGAAGCCAGAAAUUAAUGAGAAUGAGAAUGAGAAGACAUCCCCUAACACAAAUACUAAAGUUCAAGUGGAAUCAACAAUGAAUGAUGAUGAUUUUGAAGACAGACUGCCCGAUAAAAUUGAUCUCCAUGUAUGUAUGUCUGAUCAUGACUACGCAAAACUUUAUCGUUCAACAAUUGGAGAAGGCGGCGUGACAACUGAUGAUCUAGAAGAUGUGAUUCAAUCUGCAACGAUAAACCGAAAAGGCAAAAAGAGUGAUAAAUCAUCAAGUAAGAAUAAAAAAGACAAAUCAAAAGAACCAAAAAAAAAGAAUGAUGAUUUCUCUUCAAGUGAUUCAAGCAGUGAUUCGUCGGACUCUUCUAACACUAGCACCAGUGCAAGUAGCUCGAGUAGUAGCAGUACGUCAGAUUCUAGCUCAUCGGAAGCAUCCUCAACAAAUACUAAUCGUCCAAGAAAUAAGAAAUAUACAAAGAAGAGAUCAAAGAAGGAAAAGAAAAAUCAAAUUGAAACAGAAGAACCAGAACUUCCACGUGAUCCUGAUGAUAUCAUCUACGAGUCAGAUCUACUUACCGAUGAAACAAAUACAGAUGAAGAUUUCUAUGAUGAACAUCCACUAAAAGUAAAUAAUGAGGCACUCGCAGAAAAGAGAAAACAACUCGGAGAUAUUGACGUAAUAAUUGAAAAUAGUAGACCGUCUACGCCGUCUUUACCACCAGAUGAGAAAAUUGAAAAGAGAUUGAAGGUAAAAAAGCGAAAAAGAGAUCAUAAAAAAUCAGUUUCAAGUCCAACAAAGAGAACACAGCGCGAACAAAGUUCUUUCAUUAAUCAGGAUGACGAGUCAACUAGUUUUUCAACUAAUUCUCAUCCACAGCAAUCUUUGAUACAUCCACCAGAGACUCCUCAAAAUUUUAAGGCUAGCAGACUUAGUCAAGCUUUUAUGCACACAUCUACACCAAUAUCAGCACCUCCUCGCAUUGAGCUUCACCAAGCUAAUCAAAUUAGACAACUCUUACAGUCAACGCAGCAACAGCCAGUCUUGCCGAUUUUAAAGGAACAACAUCAUCAUCAUCAUUACUUUCAGCAGAGACAUGAUCAGUCUAAUAACGAAUAUAUAAAUGUUAGUCGAGUAUCGAGUGCGCAAAGUAGCAGGAUGAAUUCAGAUAAUGAACAAUCUGGCAUAAAACGAUCUCAAAGGAGACGAAUACCGAAUAAAUUUUAUGGAUAUACAAGUGAUGACAAUAAUUUAGCAUCACAAACUGCUCUUAAUGAUCCAUUUAAACCAAUACCGCCUCCAAAUCUUACUUGGAAUAAAGAGGAUUUACCCUCAAGAUCAAAAAGCCCAACUCCUCAACAACAACAACAACAACAAAGAGUUGCUCCGUUAAAAUUAAACUUGAAUAAUGAUAAUAUGCAAGAACCUCCGCAAAUACUUGAUACUUCUGAAACAUCGGUGGCCCAUCAUGCACAACAACUGCCAAUCAAUAAUCUACAUAACGUUAAUAAUAAUAUGAGCAAUGACAUGAGUGGAUAUAACUAUAGUGACACAGAAAGCUCCGGUGAUCAACUUCAUAUAUCUGAGCCAAAGAAAAGAAAACGAAAGCUUCCCAGUCAAAACAUGUAUGCUUUUCACACUCUUGAAACUCCACCAACAACAGUUCAAAAUAAUUUACCACCAAUUCCGCGAUUAAAAUUGACAAUUGGAAGUAAUAAUAAAAUUAGAAGACGAAACAUAAAUCCUUUAAAACCUCCACCAAAAAAACGCCGUAAGAUACCUCCAAAAUCAACAAGCACAAGUAUCAAAGACGCAUCUCUGACAAAUACAAAUUUGGCAUCAACUGCCACAAAACCAUAUGUAAAGCAACAGUCUGUAAAGAAUUUGGUCGAUCACAAUGACACUUCCAAUUUCACUCAAAAAAUACUGGCAGAAGAAAAAAAGCAAAAACUUGAGGAAGCCAUUAUAAAUACACAGCAAUAUUUUCAACGAUACAACCAUACUCAACUAACGAAUUCAGAGACGCCUCAGGAUCAGGUUGACAAUGAUGGACGUGUUUACUGUUAUUGUAGACGGCCUUAUGAUGACCUUCAAGGAAUGAUUGGAUGUGAUGGACCAAGCUGCCAAAUUGAGUGGUUCCAUUUCGAGUGCGUCGGCAUUUUAGUUCCUCCAAAAGGGAAUUGGUUCUGCCCUCAAUGUCAAAAUCAACAGCCACAACCGACGUUUUAAAUGCGUCAAUUAGCACACAAUUUUAAUGUUCAGCUUGUUUAUAACUUUUUAAUGAUUCUAUCAGUAAUGAAUGCCAAUAUUAUAGUCUAUUUUUUUUUUCAUUUUUUUUUUUUGAUUCCUUUAUUUUCCUUCAUAUUUUUUGUUUAAGAAUACUUUAAAUAAAAUUUGUCAUAAUGGUUUUAUGCUGAGACGAUAAAAAAAAAAACUUUAUAUAACAUAAAUACAAUAUAAAUUAAACUGAAAAUAAAUCAUCAUUUUCAGCUUUAUCAUGUAAAUAAUUAUCUGAAUAUGAGAGAAUACAAAAAAAAAAAAUUAUGAAAAAGAAGUGUUUUUUAUUGUACCUAAUUAGACACUUUCUGUUUUUGAAAGCAUCAAGGUUUUUUUGAACUUAAUUCAAAAACAAAACGCCUUUUUGGUUUGCACUUAUGUGAAUUGUUAUUUCUUAUAUUAAGCACUUUCUUGUAUAUUAAAAUGAACAUAUGAAAUAGUAAAUAAGAUUAAUUUUAUUGAAAUAAGAAUAAAGCG